AUGAAGAAACCUGUUCCAAGGCUUAGGUUUAUCAUCUCAGUUAUUUUUGUGUUAUGUCUGUUCGUUGUGUUUCAAAUCCAUAAAUCAGAUUUGUUCGGGAAAACUCUCCAAACCCCUUACCAAGUAAACAACAUAUUCAUAUCCAUCGCUUCUUCUUCUUCUUCACACCGUCAAAACUUCCUCACCAAAUAUUCGAACGAGAGUGAUGGAAAUAGAGCGAAACAUCCUGACGCAGUAGAAACAGAUACUUGUGCUGGAAGGUACAUAUAUAUGCACGAUCUUCCAAGCUUAUUCAACGACGAUAUCAUCAAAAACUGUCGAACACUAAUCAAAUGGUUCAAUAUCUGUCCCUUCAUAGUCAAUUCCGGUCUCGGUCCCCAGGUUUUAGAGUACGCUAACAAGACACCUCAAGUCUUAACCACCAAAACCGGUUCUUGGUACUCAACAAACCAGUUCUUGCUAUCGGUUAUCUUCCGAGAGAGGAUGAAACAUUACGAGUGUUUGACCAACGAUUCAUCUCAAGCCUCAGCGAUCUACAUCCCAUACUUCGCGGGGCUCGACGUGGGCCGCCACCUCUGGGGAUACAACACAAUGGUUAGAGAUGCACUGGGGACAAAGCUGGCUCGGUGGCUUAGAGAGAGACCCGAGUGGAGGAAAAUGCACGGUCGAGACCAUUUCUUCGUAGCCGGACGGAUCGGUUGGGACUUCAGGAGAUGUUCUGAUGAAGCUUCAGAUUGGGGAAGCAACCUGAUGUGCUUGCCUGAAUUUUCCAACACUACGAUGCUAUCUAUCGAAACCACGGCUUGGACCAACGAGUUUGCGCUUCCUUAUCCGACUUACUUCCAUCCAAAGAGCUUAACCGAGGUUCGGAUAUGGCAAAGGAAAGUGAAGAGUGUGGAGAGGACACACUUGUUUUGUUUCGUUGGAGCACCAAGGCCGAAGCUAGAUGGAUCCAUCAGGGGAGAGAUCAUAAAGCAGUGCCUUGCGUCACACGGUACAUGCAAGUUUCUUAACUGUAAUGAACCGGGUAAGGAUUGUGAUAAUCCGGUUAAGAUCAUGGAUGCGUUUGAACGUUCGGUUUUCUGUUUACAACCUCCUGGAGAUUCAUAUACUCGAAGAUCGAUUUUUGAUUCGAUUUUGGCCGGUUGUAUACCGGUUUUCUUCCAUCCCGGUUCGGGUUAUAAGCAGUAUAGGUGGUAUUUUCCAAAGGAUUAUACCAAGUAUUCGGUUUACAUACCGGAGAAUGGAAUGAAAAAUGGAACGGUUAGUUUGAGGAAUUUGUUGGGUAGGAUUGAUAUUGAUAAGGAGAGUGUUUUGAGGAUGAGAAACGAGGUUGUGAAGAUUAUACCGAAGAUAAUAUACACUAAACCGGGAUUGGUUGGAUCAGAGAAGAUUGAAGAUGCGUUUGACAUUGCAGUUGAUAGGGUUAUUGAGAGGGUAACAAUGGUUAAGAGGAUGAUGGAAGAAGGAAAAGAUAUUCGGAGUGAGUAUUCACAAAUAAGGGAUUUGAGAAAACUUGAGUGA